UUGUUAAGUGACGCCUGUCAGCCAUCUUUUCUGUGAAGAUUUGGAGAAUUCUUCCCACCUACCUACGGACUAUUGGGAAUCAAUACUCAAUAGAAAUUAGAAUUAAUGAGACACCGAGCUGAAAGUUGAAUUAUCUAUAGAAUAGUAUAAACAAAACCAAAUUAUUGAAUGACUUCUUAAGUGGCAGUGGUUGUCAGUGUAUCUGGUGUAAUUUUAAAUUAUCUUAAUCGCAUGGAUGCAAGAUGACGCAGUUUCUGCCGCCGAAUCUUCUUGCAUUAUUUGCUGCCAGGGAUCCGAUACCCUACUUACCGCCAGCAUCGAAGUUACCACAUGAAAAGAAACAGAAAGGAUACGAUGGAGUGGGUGCCUUUCUCGAUUUCUUUGAGCACCCGUCCGAGACUCCCCCACCAACUCGGGUGGAAACACGGGAAGAGCGGCUGGAGCGCAAGAGGAGAGAGCGAGCCGAGCAGACCGCCUACAAGCUGGAGCAGGAGAUAGCCAUGUGGGACCCCACCACAAACCCGCGCUGCACCGGAGACCCUUUCAAAACACUUUUUGUUGCUAGAAUUAACUAUGACACAUCGGAGUCAAAACUUAGAAGAGAAUUUGAGGGCUAUGGAGCCAUUAAAAAGAUUUAUAUGAUCUUCAACAAAGAAACAACCAAGCCGCGGGGUUAUGCCUUUAUUGAGUAUGAACACGAGAGGGACAUGCACUCCGCGUACAAGCACGCUGACGGCAAGAAGAUCGACGGGAAGAGAGUGCUGGUUGAUGUGGAGCGCUCCCGGACCGUGAAGGGCUGGCUGCCGCGGAGGCUGGGCGGCGGGCUCGGCGGCACGCGACGCGGCGGUAACGACGUCAAUAUCAAGCACUCGGGCCGCGAGGACAACGAGCGCGAGCGGGAGCGGUACCGCCUGGAGCAGCGUGACCGCGACCGGGAGCGCGACCGCGAACAACACCCGGCGCGCGACCGUGUCCGCCGCCGCACGAGGUCUAGAUCCCGGCGCCGCUCCGGCUCCCGGACUCGCAGGCGCGACAAACCAGAGGAACCCCUCACCGCUGAACGUCGGCGGCGGCGGUCGCGCUCGCGGUCGGAGCGGCGGCGCGAGCGUCGCGAGAGAGACAAGGACAAGGAGCGCGACGCCACCAAGGAGCGCGGCGACCGAGACAAGGACAGGGAGCGCGAGCGACGCCGGCGCAGGGAGCGAGACCGGGAGCGCAAGGAGCCCAAGGUCAAGCCCGAGGACAUCAAGAUCAAGGAGGAGCCGCGCGACGAUUAUCCAGAGUUCAGCUUGCCUCCAAUGGAUGUUCAGAUCAAGCAGGAGCCUGAGGAUGACGAGAACAAAUACAACCCUGAGGAGGCCAAUGGAGACGACUACAACUACUAGCACACACAUAGGCGGACACGGCAUGUGCAACCAUCUCAUAAUAAUGUAUGUUUUACACAGUUUGAGAUGUUUAGAUAAUUUUAAAGAAACAGUGCACACUCAAACAGUCAACACUGAUUGUCCCUCAACACAGACACACACACAACUGUUACUUCACACACACACACACACUUCACUCCCCAUUAACAACAGGGUUCCUACAUUAUUGAACUUUUAUUAACACCAUCCCGCAGUAUUGUCACUGAGUAUUAUGUUCAUAAUUUAAGACCAGGUUUAUGAAAGUUUUAUGUGUAAUAUAUCUGUUGUUUCCUUGACUACUAUUUUACAUAGUUCAAUCUGUUUUAUAUUAUUUGUAUGGUUCUAAUGUAAGUUUGGGUCAUACCAACCAUACAGUGUGACUGGUGAGACGCUAAUGAGAUGGUCGAGAGUUCUAAUAGUUAAAAAGAAUCCUGCAAAUAAUUGAAUUGUAGAUACAACACCGCAUGUGACUCUUUGGUCAGUUAAUCGCAAGCACCAGCAGGUGCGUUUGUAGUGUUUGCGCCGCGUUACGUUAUUAUUUACUUAACUUUCGGCUGAUUUUAUUAAGAAGUCAACUAAUAUUUACUGUAAAUGUUAUUUGUGUUCUUUAUUUAUGAUCAUAUAUCAUGCUUUUUGUCUCGUUGGCGCCUCACACAUGCGAAGUAGUACAGUAUAGUACUUGCGUCACAGUAACAAAUAUGACAAUAUGUAUGUGUUGAAGUUAGUAUCUUAUUAUAACAACAAGUGUGUCUUAUGACAACGGUACAAACUCUAGCACUUCACCGAUUAUUGCAUAGUAAAUGUUAAAGUAACAUUGAGGUUAACACAGCCUGUAGGUUAUUAGAACUUGAAUGUUCAAGUUUUAGUUUAAUUAUGAGUAAGGAUCAUUUUUUUGUGAGUAUAAGACAGAAACAAGUAUUGUUGUACUGUUGGAAACGUAACAAGGCAAAUGAAUUAAGCAAUAUGUGUGCUUAGCUUAAGUUAAAUAAAUAUAUAAAGAGCCA